AUGUCGCAUGGCGUGGCAUUUCCUUUGGCUUUCUUGGGGCCUUUCUUAGGGCCUUUCAUCAUCUUCAUGGGCCAUUUCGCCUAUUUGUUGCCCUUUUACUUCACGUUGAAUGCUUUGAUUUUGGGAAAUCGUCAGGAAGCCGAGUGGAUCAUGCGUAGUGCUCUCCUGAAGUCCAUGGUCAUUUCAGGAGUGGCAGAAAUCUUCUGGUCUACUCUCUGUUGGCAACUGAGCCACCGAAGUUGUGGCAUUUUGACGCUGGCAGCUGCGUUUCUCCAAUCUCUGCAGAUGUUUUGUGCUUUCUUUGGCCCCUACGAUGCGUUGGGUGCCUUCGCAUUGCAAUGUGCCACUCAGCUUCUGAUGAUUCCAGUGGCUCAGAUUGGAGCCCAACAUACUUUGAAGCAGGGAAUCAGCCCUGCACGCUACAAGAUCAUCGCAUGGCUUCUCAGUGUGGUGCUGGCCAUUGUGCUCCUACUCUUUCCAAACCUGGUAUGUUUCUGGCUGGUGCUUCCCUGUGUCGUGUUGCCCUAUACAAUGCUGGGCAUCCUGUUGACUGCCCGGAGCUUUCCAACGGCCACCAAGCCGCAAUCGGCAUCCAAGACAUCCAGCGGUGCUUCAAACGGCGUUUCCGCCGUGUCGGCCACAGCUGCUGCGGGCUUUGGAGUUUUGGGUCUGCUGAGUGGAACGAUUGGUGAAGCCUUGACGGACUCAGCGACCACCCUGGCGCUUCGAAGUGAAUUGAAAGCUGGAAACAGCGAGUUGGCCUUGGCCAAUCACGUCACUGUCCUGUCUUCCAUGUCUUUGGCAUUCUGGACGCAAUCCAAAUCCGAAAGAAGUACUCAGAAACAGGUGCUGUGCAUGUUGCUUUGGGCUGGAUGCCAAGUCUUUCGAAUUGCUGCCCUUCCAUAUCUCGGCAAGCAAGACACUGGACAAAGUCGUUUCGUGGCCUUGGCAGCCAUGGUCUUUCUGGACAAAUACACAGGUCCCUUGGGAUCUGCAUCUUUGGACUCCGCGUUGCUUGCAGUUUUGUACCACGGAAGAUGCAACAAAGGUCUUCCAGAGACUGUUCUGUGGACGAUGAGGACAGCUGUUGCGAGGAUGGAGCGGCCGAUUUGUCAGCUGAUCAUGCUGCAUGCAUCUCUGGACGUCGAGACUUUGUCGCUGAUUUUCACCUUCAUGACUUCGGUGGGAGUGCUGGCAGUGCUCCAAUUAUAUGACGGAAGAACCAAAGUGGAUUGA